AUGUCGACAAGCAAUGCGCCCCAACCAGUGAAGCUAUCACUGCCCCUGGAAUACCAGCAGGCGCUCUUCCAGGAGCUCCGAUCCGAAGAUGAGCUCGUCGUCCUCGCCCGCGGCCUCGGCCUCAUGCGCCUCGUCACCAACCUGCUACACUCGUACGAUGCGGCCGGGAACAACCUCAUAGUCAUCGUCGGCGCCGAGGACCGCGAGAAUGGCUGGAUCGGCGAGGCGCUGGCCGAGCACGCCGCCAUCAGCGCCUCGCCCAAGGCCCGCGGCCUCACCGUCGUCAACACCGACUUCCAGAGCGUCGGCGCACGCGAGAAGAUGUACGCCGGCGGCGGCAUCUUCAGCAUCACGUCACGGAUCCUCGUGGUGGACUUGCUGACCGGCCUGCUGAACCCGGAGACCAUUACCGGCCUGGUCGUGCUGCACGCGGAUCGCACCGUCGCCACCUCCCUCGAGGCGUUCAUCCUGCGCGUCUACCGCCAGAAGAACAAGGUCGGCUUCCUCAAGGCCUUUGCCGACAACCCGGACCCAUUCACGAUUGGCUUCUCCCCGCUGGCCUCCAUGAUGCGAAACCUGUUCCUCAAGAAGGCCUCGCUCUGGCCGCGCUUUCACGUCACCGUCGCGCAGUCGCUCGAGGGCAAGAAGAAGGCAGAGGUCAUCGAGCUCGAGGUGCCAAUGACCGACUACAUGACGGACAUUCAAAACGCCAUCAUGGAGUGCGUCGAGAUUAGCAUCCACGAGCUGAAAAAGGGCAACCCCGGUCUGGAAAUGGACGACUGGAACCUGGACAGCGCGCUGCUCAAGAACUUUGACGUCAUGGUCCGCCGCCAGCUUGACCCCAACUGGCAUCGCGUGAGCUGGAAGACAAAGCACAUUGUCAACGACUUGACAGUCCUGCGGGGACUGUUGAAUUAUGUAGUCACCUACGACGCCGUCUCGUUCCUCCAGCAUCUCGACACGAUACAUGCCGCGCACUCCCCGCCGCCCGGAUCGACGCGGCAGACGCAAUCGCCAUGGCUGUUUUUGGACGCGGCGCAGACCUUGUUCGAGACAGCGCGGAAGCGCGUCUACUCUGCCAGCAUCAAGCAAAUCUCGCAAGAAGAAAACAUUGACUCCCUGCGGCCCGUCCUGGAAGAGCUCCCGAAAUGGAGCAUGCUUGCCGAAGUGCUCGAGGAAAUUGACCGCGACCUGUACUUUGAACCGCAUGCCAGAGACGACUCCAACGGUACAAUCCUUAUCAUGUGCUCCAAUGUAGACACAUGUCGCCAAUUAAGAGAUUAUCUGCAGACAAUGCACGUCAAGCCAAGAGUAGCUAGCAAAACAGCCGAGGAUGACGAGGAAGCUCACAAGCCAUCCGCCAUCUUUAUGAUGCGUCGUCGCCUGCGCAACUACCUGCGUUGGAAGAGACAGUUUGCCGUCGUCAAUGCAUCACUUUUUACAGAAAACAAUAAGGCGCUCAACAGCGCUACUGACUCUCGACCCGGACGCGGCGGCAUGCGCGGCGGCAGAGCGCCCUCAAAUAAGCGUCGACGACAGCGUGGCGGCGGUAACAUGGCCGUCAGCAUGUCGCGGGCCGAGAACGGCAGCAUCUCGCAGUUCUUCGAGAAGCCCAACGAAGUGGCCGAGCUCAUGGCCGAAGUGCAGAUUACGGAAGAAGAGGCCAAGCAAAAGGACGACGUGAUUGCCGACCCGCUGGACAACAUGGAAGACUACUUCCAACUCUACGACAUGAAGGACUUGGUCGUCAUCCACGCCUACGACGGGGACCAGGACGAGCACGUGCUGGAGGAGGUCAAGCCUCGCUACAUCAUCAUGUACGAGCCGGACGCGUCGUUUAUCCGCCGCGUCGAGGUCUACCGCUCGUCGCACAACGACCGCAACGUCCGCGUCUACUUCCUGUACUACGGCGGCUCGGUGGAGGAGCAGCGCUACCUGGCCUCUGUGCGCCGCGAAAAGGACGCCUUCACGCGGCUCAUCAAGGAGCGCGCGAGCAUGUCCGUCGUCAUGACCACGGAUCCGCACGGCGGUGCCGCCGAGGACCCUCAGGAAGCCUUCCUGCGCACCGUCAACACGCGCAUCGCCGGUGGCGGGCGUCUCGCCGCCACGGCCGAGCCCCCGCGCGUCGUCGUCGACGUGCGCGAGUUUCGCUCCUCGCUACCAUCACUCCUCCACGGGCGCUCCAUGGUCAUCGUGCCGUGCAUGCUGACCGUCGGCGACUACAUCCUGUCGCCGAGCAUCUGCGUCGAGCGCAAGAGCAUCAGCGACCUCAUCUCCUCCUUCAAGGACGGCCGCCUAUUCGCGCAGGCCGAGGCCAUGUUCCAGCACUACAAGAACCCGAUGCUGCUCAUCGAGUUUGACCAGAACAAGUCCUUCACGCUGGAGCCCUUUGCGGACCUGUCCGGCAGCGCGGGCAGCGUGUCCGCGGCCAACGCGGGCUCGGCGGACCUGCAGUCGCGGCUGGUGCUGCUGACGCUGGCGUUCCCGCGGCUGCGCGUGCUCUGGUCGUCGUCGCCGCACCAGACGGCGGAGAUCUUCGCGGCGCUCAAGACGCAGGAGGCGGAGCCGGACCCGAUCGCGGCGGUAAGGGCGGGCCUGGACGGCGGCGCGCGCGCGGAGGACCAGGUGUUCAACCAGGAGCCGCAGGACAUGCUGGCAGUGGUGCCGGGGGUGACGCCGCAGAACGUCAAGAGCCUGGUACUCAAGACGGAGAAUGUGAGGGAGGUGGCGAACAUGACGCCGAAGGAGCUGGCGCCGCUGGUGGGAAAGGCGGCGGGCAGGGCGAUUCAUGCUUUUUUUGAGCGGAAUGUCAUGGAGGAGGAGGAUUACUGA